UUUUUUUUUUUUUUAAUUCCUUUUUUAUUUGGGGCUUGGGGGGAUUUCUGAUUAUGGAGAAUCUCUUCGGAUUCGUGUUAGUCUAAAUAGUUAAAGACUCCUUUCUAAAUUACUUUAACCAUUAUUAUUCCAAAUAGCACCAUUUGACCGAUCAGGUCCAUUUUCGGUAGCGAGUACGUAAACGGCAGAGGAUUUAAAGAGAGCGGCAGGUCUCUCUGAGAAUUUGGUAGUCGAAAUUCGUCGUUAUGAUUUGGUGGAGACUCGUAUAGCUCUAUUGCAGCAAUUAUAACAAGAGUGAAUCUUUUCCGAAAUCCCACCUUCCUACAAAUCCAUAUUUCAGAACUGGGUCCCAGCAGAAUAGUUUGCAUUCCUCAGAAGACAGUAAGAGACUAAGAGAAUUGCAAAGACCUGCUAUAUUAUAGAUGAGAACAGAAUGUUAUUACGUUGUCUAUAUAUACCCUGUAGAACCGAAUUUGUGUGAUAUUCAUAUAGUCACAGAUUCGAUUCUAGGGGAAUAUAUGGUCGAUGCAAAAACUUCACCUUUCUGCAAAUGGUUAGAAGUUUAAAUACUGGUGGAAUCAAGAGGCAUAUGCGUGCUGAACACUCAAAAUUAUGAAAGUUUUGCUGCCUCGCUCCUAAUUGCUGGGUUUUAGGACUUUUUUUAAAAACUUCAAUUGUCUUUCAGUCCUAACUUUCACUGAAAAUCUGUGAAUUUAAACAGUUAAUCUCACCAGAAGUUACAAAUUUUCGGGGGGGGGGAGGGCAGGGAGAAGAAAGAAAUUAUCUACCAAUCAGUGAAUGACUCUUUUAAAAGAUACUCAUAAAUUAGUUAGAUAUGCCAGAGUUAGCAAAAUUUCCCUGUCAAGGGUCCAGAUCGCACCAAAAUAUUUACGAAAGCAGCAAAAGCAGCCUUCGUCUCACUGGAAUGUAUUUAUUUGUGCUCCAGGAAUGAUACUGAUGAAUGAAGACCGAAUUUAUCAAAUUAAACCCGUGAUACUUUUAACCUAAUUAAAUGACGUCUCCAGUUCAGCUGAUUGAACUUUUGUAGUUAAAAGUGAACUGUUUCUUGCCAUCUGUAUGAUUUUACACACACACAUGUAUAGAUUUAUAUCUAUACAUUGGCGUUUGCGUCUGUGCGCGCAUACGUAUGCACGCGUAUAUAUUGAGACUUGAAAGUGAAUGAGAAGUUACUGAUUGCCUAAUUUUAUUCAGCAGAACUAAAUUCUGGUAACUUUUGGAUGACCUCUGCGAGACAAAGACAGGACAGAUCUAUUGUACAUCAUAUUACCCUCUUCUUUGAUGGCUUUUCUUUUCCUCUGCUGCUUACCGAUUUCCUCCCUUUUAAACCCCGCUUCAGCUCAUCGCUCCGUAUAUUCCUUUCUAUUUUUUUUUUUUUUAAAUUUUAUUUAAAGCGAGGUACUAAACCCCGGUGGUGAUGCUGGCUGGUAAAUCAGGCGGCGGGACUGCAUCCCCCGGGGCUGGGGGAAGCCGGCUCAGACAAAAGGCUGUGGGCAGGGCAGCGGCCGCCUCCCCGGGGUACCCCUACACCUCUGGUACCUGAUUUGGGGGUGCGGCCCGCCGGAGAGGGGGGUCACUCGGUUAAAGGGAUGUUAUUGAGUGGAAUCGGGGGAAAUGCGGGGAAAUGCGGCGGUGGGCGCCCGGCUCCCCAUUGGCCGGGCCGGUCACAUGCCCGCCUAACUUUAUUCAGUUGACAGCAAGUAGGAGGGCUCUAUGGCAGGGGAAAAAAAGACAACACGAGAAAAAUUAGUAUUUUCUACCUUCAGAAAUUAAUGGCCAUGAGUUCGUAUAUGGUGAACUCUAAGUAUGUGGAUCCCAAAUUUCCUCCUUGCGAGGAAUAUUUGCAGAAUAGCUACCUAGGCGAGCAGGGGGCCGAGUACUACAGUGCCUCGCAGGGCUCUGAUUUCCAGCACCAGGGACUCUACCCACGAUCAAACUACAACGAGCAGCCCUUUAGCUGUAGCAAUGCCCAAGGCUCUGCCGGGCAGCCACGGGGUCACGGACAGGAGCAAUCCGGCCCGGCGAGCCACUUCCCCGGCCCAGCAGAGCAUUGUCCACCGCCUCCAAUGUCCAACUCGCGAGCCUGCAGCCAGCAGCCGGCCCUCAAACCCCCAAACGGCUCCGCAGUUAAGCAGCCAGCAGUAGUUUAUCCCUGGAUGAAGAAAGUCCAUGUAAACUCGGUGAAUCCCAAUUACAACGGAGGGGAACCUAAACGCUCCCGCACAGCUUACACCAGACAGCAAGUCCUAGAACUGGAAAAAGAAUUUCAUUUUAACAGGUACCUGACCAGGCGCCGCCGUAUCGAGAUAGCCCACACUUUGUGUCUCUCUGAGCGCCAGAUCAAGAUCUGGUUUCAGAACAGAAGAAUGAAGUGGAAAAAAGAUCACAAACUGCCCAACACGAAGGGCAGGUCUUCUUCAUCUGGUUCAAACCCCCAUUUACAAACUGGUUCCAAGGACCAUCAGACUGACUUGACAACUUUGUAGAAGAGGUGAAAUUUUCCAUUUCAUCCUUCGCUUCUGACCAGUACUGUACAUAACUGACACUGCCCAAGCAGAACCUGCAUGUAGCAGCUAAGGACACGAGAAACUGUCAUCUUUCUUUAAGGUACUGUUGUACAAAGGAGACAAAAUGACGCUACUUUGGACUUUAUUUUAUUUGCCUCUUCUAGCACAACCUAAAACAGGAAAACAAAAAAAGGGGAAAGAAAGAGAAAGGGAAGAGAAAAAACCAAACCAUCACG